CCAGUAUACGAAAGUUAUUGUCGCAGUAUUUAGCAACGGUCGCAAUGGCGGCACCGGUGUUACCCCUCCCUCAAAUCAAGCUCCCCCAGCUGCCGUCCACCAAACUGACGGCCGAGCAACUCUACUGGAAAAGUUUUAAGACGCCUUUACUCGUAUCCUCGCCAUCCAACAAUCCCAUCAACCUCAUCACACAGCCUUCCAUUCCAUCAUCACUAUCCGCCUUCCCCUCCGCCGCCCAGCCUCCAGAUGUAUUCACCGUUUCGACCGGUGCGCGAGUCCAGAUAUACUCCAUCCGCACUCGCAAACUGCUUCGGACGAUCACUCGCUUCGACGACACCGUCCGAGGCACCGACGUGCGCCCCGACGGCCGCAUACUCACAACCGGUGACGAUUCCGGCACAAUACAGGUGUUCGAUGUCAACUCGCGCGCCAUUCUGAAAACAUGGAAGGACCAUAAGCAGCCCGUGUGGGUGACGAAGUUUUCGCCGAGCGACGCUACAACGCUGCUCAGCACAGGCGACGAUAGGACAGUGCGGUUAUGGAGCUUGCCGAGUGAGACCAACGAAAAGACUUUUACCGGACAUACGGACUAUGUCAGAAGCGGAGCGUUUAUGCCUGGCUCAAUGGCGUCCGGUGGAAUGGUUGUUUCUGGGAGUUAUGAUCGGACGGUUAGACUGUGGGAUCCUCGCGUGGAUGGCCGCUCCGUGAUGACGUUCCAGAUGGGUGCGGCAAUUGAGAGUGUUUUGCCGAUGCCGUCUGGUACCACGGUCCUGGCUGCGGCGGAUAAUCAGAUUGCAGUGUUGGAUGUGGUUGCUGGGAAGCCGCUGCAUAUGAUCAAGAGCCAUCAGAAGACUGUUACGGCGCUUUCGCUGGCUUCUAAUGGUGACCGUGUUGUGAGUGGCGCGUUGGAUGGCCAUCUCAAGGUGUUCGACACUACGACCUGGUCGGUGGUAGCUGGUUCUAAAUAUCCGUCGCCGAUUCUAUCCUUGCGUGUUCUCACAACAGGUCCUGAAAGGGAAGAUAAGCAUAUCGCAGUGGGCAUGCAAUCGGGUCUUGUCUCGAUCAAGACGCGGCUCUCUGGCCAGCAGAAACUGCGAGAGCGAGAACGCCAGAAAGAAAUGCAGGCAUUGUUAGACGGCAACAUAGAAGAAUACGACAAGAAACAAGCCAAAAAGGGCAUAUCAAACGCGCAGGCGAGAAGACAACGCGGCCGAGAUUUCCUCGGCGAGGGCGUCGACAUUAUCAUCCAGGGCCACGAGACCAAAAAGCGAAAGAAGGAGUCGGCGUGGGAGUCUGAUCUCCGCCAUGGCCUCUACUCCGAUGCCCUUGAUCGUGCGCUGAUGGCACACGAGAAGAUGACGCAACUAACACUUAUCACCGCAUUGCGGCAUCGCUCUGCCCUGCGAGAAGCUCUAAUGAAUCGCGACGAGGUCACGUUACAGCCUAUCCUGAAAUGGGUAUAUAAGCAUAUCAUGGAGCCGCGGCUCGUGGACCUAUGCGUCGAAGUCGCGAUGAAUAUCCUCGAUAUCUAUUCGGGCAACUUGGGCCAGUCGGCGGAGGUGGAUGCUCUAGUCAUGAAGCUUUACAAGCGGGUACAAGAGGAAGUCAAGCAGGCCCAGAAGGCGUGGCAAACGAAAGGCAUGUUGGACAUGCUCAAGGUUUAACCUUUCGCAUAUAAAAGUUGGAUACCCUGGAGUUCUGGUGGCAUGGCAUUACAUACAUGGUUGUAUUCUAUCUACGUUUUCUUAUGCAUGGCGUACAAGGUAGACGAAAAUUAACUUUUCUAUUCUUUACAA